AUGUCCAACUUCCUCCUUUGUUUGUUGUCUGCAUCAUCGGUGCACGAGGCGAUUCAGCUGGCGGUAUCGCCCGGGGCGUACGCCCGAGCCAGUGCCAGUGCUCGCAUUCUCACUUCUCGGGAGCCUUCACUCGUCGACGAGCUCGCACGCGAGAUCCGCACGGUCAACCCAUCAAUCAGAGUUGAGAUGAGCUCGCAAGAUCAAGUAACAUCCGAAUACUACACACAAGCACUUCAGAAAAUAGAAGUCUACGGUGACCCAUCUGUUCACCCCCAAGCGGAGCAUUACUGGGGCAACGUGAAUUCAUUCGGGCCGCGAGCCUGCUACGACGAAGGAAAACGCGUCGCUGAAGCUCUCUGCUACGCAUACCGCGAGCAACAUGACGUUGACAUCCGUAUCGCCCGCAUUUUCAACACAUAUGGACCACGCAUGGGCGCCAGCGACGGACGAGUGGUGUCGAGCUUCAUAGCAUCCGCAUUAGCCGGGGAAGAUCUCAAAAUCACAGGAGAUGGUACGGCAACACGUUCCUUCCAGUUUGUUACGGAUUGCAUGCAGGGACUUUACUCUCUCAUGAACAGUGGCUAUAGCAAGGGCCCGGUGAACAUUGGGAACGAUGGGGAGUUUACUAUAGAGCGUCUUGCUGAGCUUGUUAUCGAUCUUGUUUCGCGCAUGACGUGUCAACCUCGAGUUUCAAUUUCGCAUCUUCCACCACUUGUGGAUGAUCCUACCAUUCGUCGACCGGAUAUUGCUUUGGCGAGAGAGGUGUUGAAUUGGCAACCUGUGGUUCAGCUAGAGGAGGGGCUGAGGAGGACUAUUGAAUGGCAUAUCAAUGAAAGCCGAUCUGACUGA